AUGAGCGACGAGAGGGUGAGGGCGUGGGCCCGUAUGGAUGCAUGGACUGCCUUUGUUGACGGCCACCCGCCCCUUGCCGCCCUGGCCAGGCUGGCCGACGACAAGCACAUCUUCGUGCAGCCGCUGGUGGAGCUGUGCCGGCUCAAGCUCGAGGAGAUGGCCCUCUGUGGCGACCUCGACCUGGCCCAGCUGCAGCGCGUUGCCCCCUACCUGGAACUUCUGCCGGCCGCGCUCGUGCGCCGCUUCGUGCACUCCCUGCUGGUCAAGAGCCUCACCGGCCUCUUUCCGCUGUCGUUGCUAGGGCGCCAGCAAGUUGUAGGGGAACACCAGCUGCACCUGGUCUUCCCCUACGCCGUGCUCCGCCACUGUCCCCUCGUGUGCCGUGUGGAUCACUGGCCCGACGGCUUCAUCCAAUUCGCCAUUCCCGAGAGCACCGACGGCUACUUCUGCUCGGCGUGCCUCACCAUCGCCUGCGGGGACUGCUUGUCCGAAUGUCAGGUCUGCCAAGCGCUGGUGUGCAAGAACUGCGGGACCUUCACCCAUGGCAACGUGCCCAAGCUCACGGAGCGGGAGUGGGAGAAGGCCGGGAAGCCCGUGCCGCUCGAAUUCCGGUCUGCCGACAUGUGGACCUGCAUCGGGCCAUGUGAGCCGCAGCGCACGUUCUCUUGGGCGCUGCAAGCCCAAGAAGAGUACGAGCACAAGAUCUGGGCGCACGCCAGCGAAUUCGCCGCGUGCCUGCACUGUUAUCGGUCGCUUGCGGACAGCUAUGGGAGCACGAUGCUGCGGGAGGAGAUGAACCGCCUGGAGGCCCAGAUGUUCAGUGAAUGCCAGGAAUGCUGCGAACUGGCCUGCACAACGGGAAGGUGCGCGACGAGCUGCGAGGAGUGCCACAAGGUGACUUGCCACAACUGCAGCGACGAGAUUACUCCUUGCCAGCGAUGCACGAAGGAGGCCGUUUGUGAGCACUGCCUGUUCUCCUUAGACUUCAAUCGGGAGGACGAGGCGCUGGUGUGUUGGAGCUGCUACAAGGAGACGCUCGAUUGCAAGAAGCGCGUGGCGGCCAUGGUGGCCUGGCUCGACCCCGAGAGCCUGCCGCCGGCCGUGAGAGACCGGCUAGCCGCCGGCAUCGCCCAACACGGCGGGCGCGUGGUGUGCCGACCACCACUCGCCACGGCCGACGCCAGCCAACAAGGCCCGCCCGUGACCCACGUCAUCUCGGCCGCCGAGCCCUGGCCUCGAUCCGAGCGGCCGACGCCUGUGCUGCGGCCGGAGACCGUGUUGGCCUGGCUCGCGUGCCUCGCCACCACCGCACAACACCGGUGCUGA